AUGGUUUCUGUAUUUGAUGCAUUUAGUAGCCCAUAUGGUGGAAACAAAAUGUUGAAAGGUGGCAAGGUUCUGGAAAUCUCACCUCCUUCACUUAUUACUCAUCCAGGACAAGCUAGUCAGGAAUGGGCUCAUCCGGAUCAACUAUCUGAUAAAAUAUUCCUCUGUACUGUAACGAAAGAUUAUAUACAGACGGUGAACCAAGUCACAAUAAAAAAGGAUAGUUUGGUUCAAGUAAUAUCACAUGAAACAAAUGGAAUCUGUAGAAUCAAACUAGUAAAUGAAGUCGGAUACGGUUUAAUUCCUUUAUCGUAUUUGAAAGAGCAUACAACCUUAGAUGUUAACUUAUCUGGGUCACCCAUAUCUUCGAGGAAACCAAGUGGAUUGAUGGAACUGACACCACCAAAUACCCCAUCUACAGUCAUAUCGAGUACUUUCUCCAAGAGAUCAGUUUCGGGAGAUUCUCCUUCCUUAGCAAGUUUCCAUGACAACGCAUUUGAUAAAACACUUCCAGUACGACAAUGUAGAGUUGGAUCCAUCCAUUACAAUGCAGAAGGCCGUUUAGAGUAUCAUUUAAAAUUAAUAAACUCAGCAAAAUAUGAGAUUGCUGAUUAUAGAUACUAUCAAGAUUUUUAUAAAUUGCAUGCAAACAUUUUGAUGUCUACUCUAAACAGAGAUGACCUGCCUUGUUUGCCAAGUCCUUCAUUUUCUGGUUCUAAUAAUAGUGAUACUAUGGAUGACGAAAGAAUUCUUCUUUUUAAUAAGUAUUUCGAAGAUCUGUUGAGGUUCGUGAUGAAAGAAGACUCAUUACAACAUAUUAUCGAUGAUUGGUUUACUAAUAAUAUAAAUGAACAGAAGGCCAAUAAGAGACAAUCGACAAAAAUUAAAAUAAAAGCUCUAGUAAAUAGUGACUACUAUGCUAUAAAAUGUGAUGAUUACGAGAUUGACUCCCUCACAAAACUAGAAAAUGUGCUUAUAAAUAGAGUCAGUGCCUUAUCGGUUAUUACGUUAGCUGAUACUCUCAAAUUAGCAGCCAAAGUCGAAGGAACCAAUGUUGUAGAGUUAUCAGAUAACGACACUUACCAAACAGUGUUGUCAGGUAUCAAAAAGUUCCAAAAACUAGUUAUAGAAGUUUCAUAUUAA